AUGGGAUUGCGGUACUCUUCGUACAUCGAGUGCCCUACGGCGAAAUUCGAAGGCGACAGUCUGGGAUCCAGUCCCGGUAGCUAUCUCACUCCGUAUCAUCAAAUAUCGGACGCCCGCCGCUUCCAGUAUCACGGUAGCUACCGUAGCCGUGAGGGCUCAGACCUGUCCAAUUCGAAGUUUGUAACGUACGGCUGUCGUCGUUGUAGAACACACUUGUCCAGCUCCACCCAGAUUAUGUCCAAGGACUACAGGGGAAAGACCGGCGACGCCUAUCUGAUGACGAAGGUCGUCAACGUCAUCGAAGGGAGCGUCGAGACCCGCCCCAUGAUCACCGGCGACUACUUGGUUUGUGACAUUCUCUGCCACUGGUGCAAGAGUUUACUAGGUUGGAAGUACUUGGAGAGCGAGAGAAAAGAUCAGAGGUACAAAGAAGGGAAAUACAUUCUGGAAGUGCAGACAAUUUGUCGGUGCGAUUGA